AUCUAAUGUGAUGGCGUAAAUCUCUCCGAAAAGCCUCUUCCUCUCCACCUGUCCCGACAAGGUUGAAAAUUCUUGAAAGGCUUUGGCAACUGCCCCCCGCGGGGACCGAGAAAAGUCCCCAUCUCCCCGGCGAUGCGAGGCAAAAAGGGAAAGAAGGAAGGCAAAACGAAGGAGAAUACAGGGGAAAGAACUUCCAACGAAAGAUCAAUCAUUUGUGUAUAGAUUAGUCGGUUUCGGGGGCGACAAAUCCGCCAUGGGAGUCGCGGCCUGACGAGUGACGAGCCUCCAGAGAUUCAGAGAGAGAGAGAGAGAGACCAAGAAAAAGAAGCAAGUCUUUGCUUUUAGUUUCAGUCCACGUACCCUUUUCUCUGAUCCGUCCGUACAUCGGCUCCGUCGUCGUCCUCCUUUCCCCCCCCUGCCUUUAGAGAUAGAUCCUUAUUCUAUUCGGUUCCGUAUUCGGCAGCCGUUUGACCGCCUUCCCUCCCCGCUUUUGCUGCUCUGUUUUAGCCCCUCUAGGAUCAGAUCUUCGUUGGGAAAAAAGUCCGUCCUUGGCUUCUAAUGCUCGAUACCCUCUUCUUCUCUUUCCGGUUCUUGCUCGCAGAACCGGGAAAGGAGGCGCCUUUGAGCUCGCCCAGGUAAGUUCGCGAGCUCCCGUCCGAUUCUUUUUGCACCCUUUUCGCGUUCUUCUGGGAAUGACGAAUCCUGAGUAGCCAUCUUCUUCUGGGUCUUCUCGUUGUCAAUCUUGAAGUCUUCGGUUUGUAUCUGCUCUGGCUGAGAAGCCAAGUUGUCAGUGUUUUCUGUUUGUUCAUGUUCAUUGGUUUGGUCAAGUCCAGAGGGUGCGACCUUUAGAUUCAGGGAGUUUUUAGCAUUGGGGUCCUAAUUUUAUCUGGGAUCUUCAUAGUCUCCCACUUUUAGGUGAUAGAGGAUCAGCUAUUUUAUUUUGGUGAAUAGUGGUUUUCUAGGGUUCUUGAGAUUUUUCUGGGAUAUGGAUGAUCUUGAGAGUGGUGCCUUGGAUUCAGAAGGAGAAGGGAACUUGAUUGCUGCCGCGCAACAGAUUGCGAGGGCGUUGGCGUCGAAAAGAGAGCUAACUGAUGAGGAGAGAAAGGCUUUGGUUCAUCUGAGGGCCCAGUUAUCCACCUUUACCUUAGAUAGUGAGAAAAAGAAAAAGAAUAUUGAGGAAGGCGCCAGCAGAGAAGAGCAUCUCGAUGUUAUUCACGAGAAGAUCAUGAGGUGGGAGAAUGAUCAGUCCAUGAUAUGGGAUUUGGGCCAAGACGAAGCAUAUCAGUAUCUGGAUGCCGUGGAUGAAACCCGGAAGUUGAUCGAACGACUAGAGAAUUCACAUUCAGAUAUGUCGGUUGAAAAGGACGAGAUGUUGAGGAAUGCCCAUGAUGUUCUUCAGACAGCUAUGGUUAGGCUCGAGGAAGAAUUUAAGCAUAUGCUUCUUCAGAAUAGACGCUCUAUCGAGCCAGAGCACACAUCCUUCCGUUCAAGUGAGGAGGAUGCUGCAGAAGUAGGCUCGAUGAUUUCUUCCUCCUUCGAUGACUCGCUCCGCAGAGACAGCUUCAACAGAAUCUCAGAGGAGUCAAUAAUCGAUCUGGUUCAUCCAGAAAUACUACCUGACCUCAGGUGCAUCGCGAAUUUGAUGUGCAGCUCAGGUUAUGAACACGAAUGUUCCCAGGCUUAUGUCAAUCUUCGCAGGGAUGCACUGGAUGAGUGUCUCUUCAUCGUUGAGAUGGAGAAGCAUUGCAUCGAGGAUGUUCUUAGGAUGGAAUGGGCUACUCUUAAUUUCAAGAUCAAGAAAUGGGUUAGAGCUAUUAGAGUCUUUGUGCGGGUUUACCUAGCAAGUGAGAGAUGGCUCAGUGAUCAAAUUUUUGGGGAGGCAUCUCUGAAUUUGAGUUGCUUUAUUGAGGCGUCGAAGGCUGCAAUUUUGCAACUUCUGAAUUUUGGGGAGGCUAUAUCUAUAGGUUCAAAAGAACCGGAGAAGUUGUUUUGCUUCCUUGAAAUGUAUGAAGUGAUGUCUAAGCUUUCACCAGAUAUCGAUGAUCUAUUUCCAGAUGAGGCUGGGUCCUUUAUUAGAACUCAGUAUCAUGAACUCCAGCAGAGGCUAGGCAAGUGUAUCAGGAUGACUUUCCUCGAAUUUAAGAAAGCCAUCGCUUCAAAUGCAUCAGCAACUGCAUUCCCAGGAGGUGGGGUCCAUCAUCUGACCCGUUACGUGAUGAACUAUAUGAAGAAUCUCAUUGAUUAUGGCGAGACUCUCGAGUUGCUUCUCAGCGACCAUGGCAAAGAAGGUUCCAAUUCAUUCUGUCAUGAAACUAAUUCACCCGUAGAGGAUGAACAGAGCGGGGUUUCUGGAUGCGGAUUUCCCAAACUGGCUCCCCAUUUUCAUGGCAUUUCUUCUGUUCUGGAAUCAAACCUCGAUGAGAAAUCCAAUCUAUACAAAGAUGCAGGUCUGCAGCAUAUUUUUCUGAUGAACAAUGUGCAUUACAUGGCGGAAAAGGUGAAAAAUUCUGAGCUUAGACUUAUUUUUGGAGAUGAUUGGAUUCGGAAGCACAAUGGUAAGUUCCAACAGCACGCAUUGAGCUAUGAGAGAUCAACAUGGAGUUCCAUACUCUCCUUUCUUAGAGAGGAGGGGCUUCACAGUUCAGGUUCAGGUUCUGUCUCGCAGACCCUCCUAAGAGAAAGGUUAAAGAACUUCAGUCUCGCUUUCGAGGAGGUAUACAGGGCUCAGACAGCCUGGGUGAUCCCGGAUGUUCAACUUCGGGAAGAUUUACGCAUCUCAACAUCCCUCAAGAUAGUCCAAGCAUAUCGAACGUUUGUGGGAAGGCAUAAUGGUCAUCUAAGCGACAGGCACAUCAAGUAUACCGCAGAUGACCUGGAGAAUUACAUCUUGGAUCUGUUCGAAGGAUCGCCAAAGUCCCUGCCCAAUCCCUAUAGGAGGUGAUUGCACAAUUUAUUUAGUUUUUGUAAUCAAGACGAGCCUUUUGUUUCCACUCUCUACUAAUCUGAGUUCGAGGGGUUAGCUCAGCCACUCUCUACUUUGUUUUACCUUGAAGUUGUCCCACAGUUUUCGCCCAGUGGCCGAGUAAAGUUCAGGCUUAGGGAAAUUGCAUAUUUCAGUGUUGUACUCUGUAGGUCAUUGCUGUAUCGGCAGGUAUAGUCCAUAUACUGAGCACCUGUAAACAUUACCGAAUUGUUUGGAAGAAUGUUUCAUCUGCUUUUCCUAAGGGUAAUCCAAAGUCCAGCAUGUAAGGAGGAUGCUGCUUGGUCACUUGUGAACCCCUGUCGUUUUCCUGUUAUUCGUACUGUCUAUUGCUGUCUCGUGCACCAGCUCAAGGUGAGGAAAAGAGAGAAGGAACAGAUUGACUUAGAGCAGAGCAAUGGAAAGCACAGCAUUCUGAGUGACCAGUCUGGGUUUGGCUUCUGUAUUGUUUUGAGGUGCUCAGCUUGGCUGGCCGACUAGUGGUUGUAUGGAUAGGUAUAGUCCACAUCCCACUGCUUGUGGUUGUGACUUGUGGAUAGUGAAAAAGCAUGUGGGUGGUGUUUUCUUCAUCAUCAUCACUAUAUUGUUGAUCAAUUUUUAGUCAAAUAGCAUAUCAAUUGUAGAGUUCUGAAUCUGCUAUCAAAUGGAGGAAUGCCAUGAUGUGUUUAUUUUA